AUUUUAACUUACGAUUUAAAUUCAAUGUUUUUAAUUUUUGCAAAAUUAAGAUUUCAGGAGCAUUCGUUAGCCAUCUGCUAGCUUUCCCCGGUAGUUUCGGAUCACUUCUGAAUCAUGGGUACCACGCUGGAUAUUCGAUGGUCGCCUUAUGAGGAAAAUCUUUUUGUUAAACUUGCGGCGGAUAUUGUUACGUUGUAUCAGGUGGAAAAUUAUCCAGAUGGACCCUUGACGGCUCAAAGUGUGAUGCUGUCCAACCGGACGCAUGCAUGCCCCGUCGUCUCUUCGAACGCUUCGGUGUGUGUGCGAUGCUUGGACUGGUGUCCGACAUUUGAAUUUGGUCGCCUCUUGUCAGCUGGUACGGCCAAUGGCAAAGUGGUGAUUGUCGGUUUCCAACAGGAUUCCAGUGGCCGGGACAGUUUUCGGACGCUGCAGAAUAAGGAAUUUGCGCCGCGGUAUCUCCGCCCGUGCAAUUGCGUGGCGUGGAACGCUACUGAUCCCAAUUUGAUCGCUGCGGGAUUGGAUCGCUAUAAAAAUGACCAUUCGUUAUUUGUAUAUGAUAUCUUUACCUCGGUUACGUCUCUUGGAGGCAGUGGAUCCAGGGACGACAGUCGCGUUGAUAACGAGACCAAAGCCGUUGUGGAGUUCGGAGCGGGAGAACAUGUGGCGUCUUGCUCCUGGUUUCACAAUAAAACAAAAACACUGCUGACUGGAUUUCUUGGGAAGGGUUUGAAGGUUUACGAUAUCAGAGAGUCUUCGAAGCAACCACGCGGAAAUACCGCCAAACAAGUGUAUGGAGCGUGCUCGGACCCGUUCGGCGAAUAUCGUCUGGCCUCUUUUCAGGACAAUCAGAUUGCUAUUUGGGACCUGCGUAAUUUUGAUAAAUUUGUUGUGUGCCAAGAUGUGCAUAAACCUGUGGCGCAAAUUGCAUGGAGUCCGACCCGGUAUGGGCUGUUGGGCUUCACUUUACGAGACACACCUGAUUUCCGUCUCUUCGAUGUGCAGUAUUCGCAUUCUCAUACUCAAGAAGAUUAUGAACCGUUUCUGUUGGAACGGACUGUCAGUGUUACCGAAGGGAAAAGUAUCGCUGCUUUCUCAUGGCAUCCAAAGCAAGAAAAUCGCACACUGCUUCUGAGCUCCAACAAUCAGAUGUAUGAUCUGCAGAUUCUGGAGCGGAUGACGUUGAACUGGUCGAAGAACCACCACUUAUUGUGGGCAUGUGGUCGUGAUAUCAAAUAUCUUACGGACCAGGAUGCCCCUGAGCCUAUCAUGAGAGCUGUGAAUGAAGACAUAUCUGUGCGCAUGAAACUCCGUGCCGUCAAUUCUUAUGGAAUGAAAACAGAAAAUUUCCUAGAUAACAUCCCGCUCGUGAGCGGGGAUAAGGAACCAGAAGCCAUGUGGAAGUGGUUGGAAUUAAUUCGUGCAAUAGAGAGAUUCGAUCUUGUGGAAGGAAUAAGUUUUCGAGGAAUUCGCAGUAUCUUGUUUGGUAAACCUAUAAAAUCUGAGUCAACGCGAGCAGAAACCGUCGGUUGGGUUUCUCCACAACCACAAGGGAGAGGAGGAGGCAUUACCACAUUCGUAAACGACGAAAGACAUAAGAUUCUUCGACUAUGUGGAUGGGGCACUUCUCGGGAAUCCACCAUUGAGUACUUGCUGUCUCAAGAACAGUUCGAGCGUGCCGCUGCCAUUUGUGUCUUUCAUAUGAACCUUGAGAAAGCCAUUGAAAUUCUCCAAGAAGCCGGGAAGAAAUCGAAAGAUGACAAACUGUACAGUAUUAUAGCCGUUGCUCUAGCGGGCUUCACCAGUGAGGAAUCUAUUUGGCAUGCUUCCUGCUUGAAUGUGGGAGCUGAUAUCGGUUUACCCUACAUCCGGAAUAUUUUUCUUUUCCUUUCGUCCAGUCGUGAUGCAACAUUCCGUAAGAUUGCGGAAGACGAUAAAAUGGAAUUGGAAGACCGAUUAGCUUUUGCCUGUAUGUUUUUCCCCGAUCAGAAACUGGCGGAAUUCAUCAAAGAUUUAACGGAGAAGUUCACGUCCAGGGGAAUUUUGGAAGGAUUGUGUCUGACAGGGUUUGGUUCGGAAGGAGUAGACCUCGUGCAGAGUUACGUUGAUAGGACAAGUGAUGUUCAGACAGCUAGUCUGCUAAUGGCCAUUGUCACUACAAGAGAAUGGCAAGAAGACCAGCGGUGUCACCAAUGGAUUGAAAAUUACCGGGAGGUGUUGGACAGUUGGAUGUUUUGGGACGCAAGAGCCACAUUUGACGUUUACAACAGCCGUAUAAAAGGUGGUGGCCCCAGAAUACCGCGGCAGAUAUCAGCAACCUGCACAUUCUGUGGCAAAGCCGUCAGUCAUACUACCGGAAACCAGUCUUUCAGCGCACGAGGUGAAAAGCUGCUCAACUUUCCAAGGACUCCUAAUGUUAGCGAAAUACCAAAAGUUAUGACCUGCACCAGUUGUGGAAAAACACUUCCACGUUGCGCUUUAUGCCAAAUAAAUAUGGGGACGCCGACAAACAUGGGGUUCGUAACGGGUGAAUUUGAUGAUGAAAGUGUUAAGAAAGCACAAAAAAUUAAUCCAUUAGACAAAUGGUUCACUUGGUGUCAGAGUUGUCGCCAUGGAGGACAUGCUUCCCACCUAGCGGAAUGGUUUAAGGAUCAUGUGGAGUGCGCAGUUACUGGAUGUGGUUGCAAGUGCAUGGUGAUCGAGAAUGGAUGUGCCACAGUUAGUAACAACAGACGACGGAUUGCCACAUCUAAUUGACUGUGACAUAGAAUUUUACGUUUUGAUUUUUACUUCGCUGAAAUGUGAUAGGAAUCAUAGGAUAUACUGUUUUUUGAUUGUUCUACAUAAGUGGUUUACUUGCUCCGUCCAAUGUUUAUUAAACCGAUGACUUAACUCUCUAUACCCGUUUUUUUGGCAUUCAUAUUGUAAAAAUCGAAAUUUUCUAAAAGCUUAUUUAUUAUUUGUAUAUUUUUUCCCAGGCGGUCUCAUCUUGAUUCUUUUCUGAUUAUCAUAAUAAUUAAAGCUUCCUGCAUAG